AUGGGUUCAAAACAAGAUAUUUCGGUAGAAAGUGUUCAGGAUCAAACUUCUGUGGCCAUUGGUAGUUUCUUUAAAGGGUUUAAUGUACCAAAUGAAACCUCUUUUGAAUUAUACAAGAAGAAGAAUUCAGAUGGUGAGUUUGUUGUACAUGGUGAAAACAGUAGACUAGAGUACGAAGGUUCUACUGAUUCAACAGCAAGUGAUUCUGUUCAAUAUGUUGUUGGUGUCUACGAUCCAUCAAAGAAGAACAUUAAGCUAUAUAAAGCUCCUUUAGUGCAAUGUAAAGUUAUCUCAAAAUCAAGUAAAAAAUUAAAAGGUCCAAAGAUUAAAAGUAAUGAAACCCGUAUGUCUAUAUUAAGAAAUGCAUUAGGUGAAGCAUUUGGUACUAAAAAGGCCAAAAAAGCUAUUAUGGAUCUAGAAAAGAAUCGUGUCGAUGCUGAUAAAUUAGUUGAAUCUGCUAUUGACAUCGUCGAUUCUGUUAAAGCUGCUUCAAAGGACCUACCAAGUAAGGCUGAUUUGGAUGAAAUGGUCUCAAACGAUAGACCAACACCAUUGGCUAAUGUUGAAGCUACAGAUGUUGAAGAAAUUUACCCAAUUAAUAAUAUAAUACCCAAGAGAGAAUGGCAAUUUAUUAGAGUUGGUCCAAUUAUUAAAGAAGAAGAUCAAGAACAAAAAUUGGAAAUGUUCCCAUAUACAAAAUCUCAAUAUAUUUCCAAAAAAUUGUCAACUCUUUCACAAUCAAACAAUAUGACCAAAUUACAAUUAUUAUAUUAUUUAUCAUUACUACUAGGUGUCUACGAUAAUAGAAGAGCCAAUAACAAGGAUAAAUUAUUAGAAAAGCUAAACUCCCCACCUGAAAUUUUAAUUGAUGGUGUUUUGGAUAGGUUCACAAUCUCUAGACCUGGUCAAUUUGGUAAAUCCAAAGAUCGUUCUUACUUCAUCGACCCACAAAAUGAAGAUAGAUUGUUGUGUUUCAUCUUAACUAUCAUCUUACACUUGGACAACUUCAUUGUAGAAAUUUCUCCAUUAGCUCAAGAAUUGGGAUUGAAACCAUCAAAAGUCGUUAGUUUAUUCAGAAUCUUAGGUUGUAUUGUCAAGGGUGCUACUGUUUCCCAAGCUGAAGCCUUUGGUAUUCCUAAGAGUGCUGCUUCUACUUACAAGAUUGCAUCUCUAAAAGUUCCUUUCAAAUUACCAGAAAUGGUCAGAAGAGGAAGAGGUCCAAGACGUUAG